GUAUUUUUAUUUUUAAUUUUUAUAAACAAAAGUGUCUUAUAGUUACUAAUCAAAAUAAGGCAUCACUAAUUUAUUGUUUUGUUACUUAAUUUGUUUACACAUGUAUAUUGAAGUUAAUUGAAUCAUGUCUUCGAAAAAAAUGAAGCUGGAUGAGUCAAACGAAAAGGAAAUCGUACCGCAAACACUUCAAGCUAGAUUUAUAUCUGAGGAAGGAAUAGAAGCGGGGGCUCCUUUUGAUCUCCCAUCUGAAAUAAAUGUUGAACAAUUGGGACUGAUUUGCAAUGCGUUACUAGAAAAUGAGGAACCAAUACCUUAUAAAUUUUUUACAAAUGACGAUGAAAUUGUGACUUCGCUCAGUAAAACAGUUGAUUUGAAAAAAAUUGACACAGAAAAUGUUAUCGAUAUUAUUUAUCAACCACAAGCAGUUUUUAAAGUUAGACCAGUAACUAGAUGUACGAGUUCGAUGCCAGGUCAUGCAGAGGCUGUAGUUUCAAUAGGUUUUAGUCCCAAUGGAAAACAUUUGGCUAGUGGAUCUGGUGAUACAACCGUGCGUCUUUGGGAUUUAAAUACUGAAACUCCGCAUUUUACAUGUAAAGGACAUAAACAAUGGGUAUUAUGUGUAGUUUGGUCUCCUGAUGGCCUGAAAUUAGCAAGUGCAUGUAAGGCUGGCACAGUUAUAAUUUGGGAUCCAGAAACAGGUCAACAAAUGGGCAAAUCACUAACUGGACAUAAAAAGUGGAUAAAUUGUCUAAGUUGGGAACCAUAUCAUAAAAAUCCUGAAUGCAGACGAUUAGCUAGUGCAGGUCAAGAUGGAGACGUCCGAAUAUGGGACAUUGUAACUGUUAAAUGUGAACGAGUCAUAAGUGGCCAUACAGCAUCUGUAACAGCAGUUCGAUGGGGAGGGAAUGGCCUAUUAUAUACAUCGUCUAAAGAUCGCACUAUAAAAAUGUGGAGAGCCGAGGAUGGUGCCUUAUGUCGUACAUUUACUGGUCAUGGUCAUUGGGUUAAUAAUUUGGCAUUAAGCACAGACUACGUUUUGCGUACGGGUCCAUAUCAUCCAGUUUUAGAUCGAAAUAAAAGUUAUGAAAAUUGUAAAAUGGAUGAAUUAAGAAAAAUGGCCUUCGAAAGAUACCAAAAAGUAUGCCCAGAUGGUAUUGAAUCUUUAGUUUCGUGUUCUGAUGAUUUUACAUUAAGUUUGUGGCGAGCAAAUCAGAAUCAAUCAGUUCAAAGAAUGACUGGCCAUCAGAAUGUCGUCAACGACGUAAAAUAUUCGCCUGAUAAUAAAAUGAUUGCAUCUGCUUCAUUUGAUAAAUCAGUAAGAUUAUGGAGAGCUCAUGAUGGUGGUUUCAUUUGUGUGUUUAGAGGUCAUGUACAGGCAGUUUACACUUUAGCUUGGUCAGCAGAUUCUCGGCUUAUAGUCAGCGGCAGCAAAGAUUCAACUUUAAAAGUUUGGAGUGUUGCUACAAAAAAAUUAGCGCAAGAACUACCCGGUCAUGCUGACGAGGUUUUUGGUGUUGAUUGGGCACCUGAUGGAUCCAGAGUAGGUUCUGGUGGUAAAGAUAAAGUUGUUAAAUUGUGGCAGUACUAAAGGAUUUUUAAUGAAAUAAUAAUUUUCUGGUAAUUUUAUAAAAAAAUGUAAACAAAAGAAAUUAAACAAGAAUUAAAAUACUUUAAACAAACAUUUUACUUUAGCAAUAAGUCAAAUAAUCAAGAAAAGAUUCGAAAUUAUCAGA